AUGAGUAAACCUAUUAAUGUAUAUUCCAUCCCUGAGUUACGUCAGACUUUAGAUGAGGCUCUUUCACCAACUUUAAAAAGAUUGGGCUACAUUGAAUCUCACCAUUUGACUGAUUUGAAAUUAGCUAUUGGUUAUUCCAUUACGCUAACCGCUGCAACUAGUUUCUAUUUAGAUAAGAAAUUUUCAUAUAGUGAAUCUUUGGUUUAUCAAAAAAUACUAGUAGCUGCUUACUUUAUCUUAUCAGUGAUAUUCUGGUGGUUUAAUAAAUUUAUUCAAAAUGAUAUUAGCUAUGUAGGAGAAAAUAAAAAUAAGAAAGAAAAAUUAGUAUUGAAGACUAAAUUCAUUGAUAAUGAUCCUAUUUAUAAAAUUAACAUUCAUUUGAACGAUAAAAUUGUGGACACCGAAUUACCUGUAAACAAAGUUUUUAAUGAAGCUGGUUAUCUACAAUCAAAUUUAUUUUAUGAUUGGCUAAAUCAACAAUUGAAUUCAUUUACCUCAAAAUCAGAAUGA